UUGCCUUUGACGUAAUAUGGUAUAAUUCAUGGCGGACCACGGAGUAGACAAAACCAUCCUGCAUGUGCAUUUGCACAAUUUCGUAGAAAUUAUCAUCAAAAUUGAACCAUCAUGACGAAACGAGAUGGAGGUCCUAUCGACAAAAUGACCAAAAUGGAUGAGAUCGAGAAUUGUCUAGAAAAAUCACUGCCAAGGACAGAAAAUGGCAAUGACAACGCCGACAAUUCGGACCUGCAAGUGCACAGUCCGGGCAAAAGCACCGGUACGAGACAGUCGAGUAGUGGCAGCUUCAGUGAGUUCUCUGCCAGUAGUUUCCGUGACUCUCCCCGAUCUGCCCCGAGCUCCUUGCCUGGUUCGCGAUGCGGUUCUACUCCCGGGUCGAGACUGGCCUCAAGAUCCAACAGCCAGGAAUCCAUUAUCGACUUGUUCGAUUCGAUGACCUUACAGUUUGGUCAAACAAUAAAUGAAGUUAGCGGUCAAGGUAUUCAACUGUUCUCCCCGAAGCCCCGCCCCUUGCGUCAUCCAAAAUGGAGUUGGCAGGAGAGAGUAAGAGUCAACCAUGCCAUAUGGAGAAGCUGGCAUAUGCAAUAUGUGAAAGGAAAGAAGCCAAUUAUCUGUCAGUUUUCUGCACCUACUGCCGAUACAAGACCAAGACUGCAGGCGGAUGUUAUCCAGGGACGACCCAUCAACAAGCAAUGGAAUCCAUCCCAGCUCGGCUCCGCUGUCAGGGACUAUCACAAAUGGAGGGUGUUCGGCAGAGAUUUAUUUAUGGGGGACAGUGCUCACAGGACAGCAGAAGACAAUGCCAUCAACUUGGACACGCCCCACCCGCCCCUCUCCCCCAUGUCCGCCCAGAAGCUGAAGAACGAUGACACCCUCAAAGAUUUCUCUGACACCCUCUUCAUCAGCACCGAGAAGAAGCACUUCACCGUCCCGGCGCCCAAGAAGAUCACUCGUCAUGUAUAUAACAGUGACAUCAUCCAGCCUGGUCUCAUGCAGCUGGACCCAGACUUUGAUGAAGAUUUCAUGGAAACCCUGGAUUCUCUUCAAGAUAUCUUGGGAAAGACCCCAACCAAGCAGGAGACUGAUAGCCUGGGGAUCAACUACAGCCUACCGCCAAACUUCCUUGGUGACACUUCUCUAGGGUCCUUCAGUGAAGCCAUGGAGAUUGCAGAUACAGCUAAGAAUUUGUUCAAUGGCUUUCCCAUGGCCCAACCCAUCAUUGCGAACAGUGGCAACACCCCGACCAAGCAGGUGUUCAACCAGCAGCGCAGCGUGACCUUCGCCGCGGCCCCACCCACCAUCGUCUCCUGCGGGUACGACCCCAUGGUCAGCAGCGUGUCCCUCUCCGACUUCUCCGCGCCGCCUAUGUACCAGACGUACAGCCAGGCUGCAGGACAGGCGUCUGGACAGAUCCCCAGUCUGACCACCACCGGACAAAACCCCGGUCUGACCACCACCACCAGCAGGAGCAACAUGCAGCUGCCGAACCUGACCCAGAUGCAGGGUGUGACCAGCAGCACAGGUAGUGGGAGCAGUGGUAGAGGGGGACAGCUUUCACCCCAGCAGUCCUUGCCGAUGGCGACUACCUGUACGUCCUAUCAGCAGCAAAGGGCGUCGGCUCAACCAACCUCCUCGGUGGCCAGUAAUCAGGGUUUUACUUACACUAAACUUGGAGCACAUAGCCCUACGCCCACCUCUCCCCCAGGUUGUACCCAGAGUGUAACGAUGAACCAAGGUCCCAUCUCAACGAUGGGCGUCAUCAACGAAGCCAUUGGCCUCCUCUCCGGUCACAUCACCACCUCCCCUUCCAAGCUCCCCCCUGACUGGACCGCACAGUUUGCCCAUCCUCUAAGGACUACCACCUGGGCCCCCACCAGCAGCCAGAGCAGCGUGGACAUCACCAGCCAGCUGAAGACCUCUCUGGCUGAACCCACGUUCCUCACCUACCAGCAGAUUCAGAGAGAGCUGUCCCGCACCAUGGACCCUAUGGCACACAUGGACCAGAGUACAGUCUUAGGUCAUAGUUCAUAUGGUGGGAGCAUGUCGUCAGGGCAACCGCAUCAUCCCCAUCAUCAGGUGGCAUCUCCAGGACAUCAUCAGGUGGCAUCUCCCAGUCACCAUCAGGUCGCGUCGCCUGGUCACCAUCAGGUCCCGUCGCCCCAGCAGCAUUCCGCGGCAUCGCCCCAACAGCAUUCCGUGGCGCCCCCGCAACAGUAUUCAGUGGUAUUACCUCAGCAUCAUUCAGAAAGGUCUCCACAGCCCCAUCACGUGACAUCACCACACCCGCGGGAAGAGCUGAUGGACUAUGAGCAGUUUCCUAGUUCGUCUGUUGUGGGAGUGUCCGGAUUGAACGCCUAUUGCCAACCUAAAAGAGAAGUCGACUACAGCAGCAAGAGCAACAGCAGGAGUAACAGCAAGGCCAACAGCCGAGCCAACAGUCGUCCUAACAGCCGCCCCAGCAGCCGAAGCAACAGCAGGGCUAGCAGCAGGGCUAAUAGCCCGAGGGCUAGCUACGCUGGUAUGCCAGGCCACUUCCAGGAUUCACUCCAAGCUGCACUACAGGGGAAGUCCGAUGUGAAAGAGCCUGGCUUGCGUAGCCCCUCCUACGACCGUGAUCUCACCAUUUCAGUCCCGUCGUCUCGGCAGGCUUCCGCAGCAUCUAGUGCGGCCUCAUCGCCAGGCAGUCAGAUAGAAUAUCCUGAUACUCCCACAAGUGUGCGGGAAUGCGAGUUCCAUGCUCCCAGAGCGAAGAAACAGAAGACCCCCGAUUCAGGAUCAAAAGACAAGGAUGCUCGUAGGCGAAUAAAGCACCUCCACUCGGAGCAUAAACGACGGUUUAACAUCCAGACGGGGCUGGAUGAAAUACAGAGUUUAAUACCGGGUAUGAAGAACGGCAGCAAUGAUAAUAACUCAUCUAAGACAAGCACUGCUACUAUGCUUCAGAAAGCUCAUGAAUACAUGGUUCACCUGAAGGAUGAGACGAUCUCCCUCCGAAAAGAAGUGGAGAAAACAAGAGAAGAGGUUGAAAAAGUCAACAAUGAAAUAUGUGAUUGUCAAGACAGUCUACCCGAUACAGGAGCACCAGUCAACUCUCAGUCAGAGAGGCAGCUCCAACAGAUGUGCAAUGAAUAUAUCAAUCAACAAAUGAAAGACAAUUGGAAAUGGUGGAUUUUCAGCAUGAUAGCUAAACCGCUAUUCACCUCCUACCUUGUCGCAGUAUGUACCAGCCCGGGAGCGGCCUUUGACGAAGACGUCUUGGAGUGGGUCGAGGAAAGUUGUCGACUCAAGCCGCUCAGAAAAUUGGUGUACAAGAUCGUGAGGCAAGUGAGCACCCGGACGUCAGUCCUACUCAAACCCGACCAGCUACCCCAAGAGGUACGAGAGAUCAUCAAGAAAGAGAUCGAGAACCCUGCUUCGUCGGAGCAGUCGUGAUAUUGACUCCCCGCUUAGCUUAGCUUAGCUUAGCGCUAGAUAGACUUAUUCAUGCUACCUUUCAUGCCAGCCAGGCUCUUCCUGGGACCCGUUUUCACAAAGCCUUUUUUCAAUGACAAGUGACACAAUCCAGUGACGAAUCUGCUGAUGACCAAUCAGAAGCAAGGAUUUCACUAGCUUAUAACAAAAACUGUCAUUUGUCACUGAUGACGAGUUUUGUGAAGAGGGGACCCUGUUUUUAAAAGUGUACAGUAUCGCCAUGAAGAGAGUGGCGUUGAUCCCAUCGCCAGAGUGAGCUGGACGGACUUAAAAUGCUGCAGCUAGAACAUAAACAGACAAUGCUCAUGUGAUGCAUGAUUUCCGCAUAAUCCGGCACAGGGAAUGGACUCUUCCUUGUUAUAGUUGUCGGAUAAACCUCAAAAGACUGGUGCCAUAUUGUCGUGGAGUGUUUGUACUUACUUGCGGUUUCUUCAGUGGACAGGAUACUCUUGAGAUAGGAUCAUGAAGGAGAGCACAUCACCUUCCUUGUUAUAUCUGUGGGAUAAACCUCAAAAGACUGGUGCCAUACCCUUUCUUCGGGGAGUGUUUGUACUCAAUGCGGUUACUUCAAUGGAAAUGAUACUCUUGAGAUAGGAUCAUGAAGGAGAGAGUACAUCAUCAUUUUCUAAGCUAUGCCUUUUAUCUGCAUGUACAUAGCAGGGAAUAUUCUGCCUAGAGAUUCUCAUCUCUUGUUUUAUCAUCAUUUUCUUUGGGGACAAUAAAAUCAUUUAUUAACACAACUGAAGUAGAAAAUAUUAUUUAGAAAAUGUAAUUUAUGUAAAACAUAUGUACAUUUUACCACCCCUACAUAUAUCUUAUUUUUUUUAUUAAAAAAAAAAAAAAUCUUUUUCUUGGCUGGAAAUGAUUAACUACACCGUUGUGGAUGAGUGACCACGAGAUGGCCUCUCCCGUUUCCCUCAUUUACUUUGGUGGAAAAUCAUGUUACAUCUAUGAAGAAUCAAAAAAUUGUGAACAGAAAAAUAUUUCUGGACGAAAUUGUGGAUGAAUAUUCCUUUCUAGACGGCCUCCCCUACAACUCAUCGUCUUUGAAACUGCGUCACCUUUUAAAAGCACGGCCUUGCAUGGAAACCCAACCAUAGAGUCAUCAUCAUCAACUUGAAGCUGUGAUCUAGAAAUUGGAAUAUCCACCGAUGAAGCAACGUGGGAUCUUUCUCUGCUGUAGAUUUGAUCAUUUGCACCGUUUCUGUUUGCUCUUUCCCCUAAUGAGCAUCAUGUUCUUUCAUUGACAGUUGUUAGAAGUAGGCAUUCAAGAGUAAAUUUUUUAAACCCAAAAUGCUGUCUUAGAUGAAUUGUGCAGACCCUCAUUCCUAACAUGGUAUUGUGGACUGUAAAAUAAUUGUGGUUCUUUGAAUGCAUAUUGGCUGUCAGAAGUUAUCAAAGGUAAACAUUAAAUCGCUUUUAAUCCUUGUCUUCCUGUGGAAAACAUUUACAAAUUCUCAUGUUCUCUUUCUUUCAUCACUUGCUUUUCCAAAUAAAAAUUUGUUGAACCCCUAUAA